GGAUGGCUUGUGCGGCGCGGAGAUGCAGCCUCCUCUGGGGCGGGGCAGCUGGGGAACAGCUGCACAUAACGCUGCACAGGGAUGGCUUGUGUGGCACGGAGAUGCAGCCAGCUCUGGGGCAGGGCAGCUGGGGAGGCGCCGCACAGCGGAUGGGGCUGCUGCUGACAGUCUGGUUGCUCCCAGGGGAUGUGGAUUGUCCCAGCCGGAGAUCUCUGCCUGGGGAAGAGGUUCAGCCCAGCGAGGAGACAUCGCUAAUUCUCCUGCCCCUGACCACUGAGAAAGCAGGGAGAGACUCGCCACCCCAGCCCUCGGGAGGCCCUGCGGUCACCCGCUGCCCUGAGCGCUGGAGGGACCAGGCUUUGCUCCCUGUGUCCCCGGUGGCUCCGGCCCGGCGGGGGAAGCAGCGUCUGGGCUCCACCGCGUCUGUCUGCAGCCACCAGAGCUGUAAAUCCACCGCCUCGCACAUCCAGGAGGUAGCUGGGGAUGACCGCUGCGCUCACUGCGCCCUGGCCUGCCUGUUCUGCGAGUUCCUGGCGCUCUGCUCCCUGGCGCUGGAUGGGCUGGGCUGCGGGACGCUGUGCCUGGCGGGGGGGUGCUGUGCCGGGGGGGACCCCCCGGGGCAGAGCUGCGGAGGCGGCGGCUGCCCCUGCGGAGGGGGGUGCGGGCUCCUCCAGGACUGCUGCGACUCCGCCGACUGCCUGGAAAUCUGCCUGGAGUGCUGCUCCAUCUGCUUCCCCAGCUGACCCAGGGCUGGGGCUCAGCCCCCCCAUCCCAAAGAACCCCCCUACUAGGUAAGGGCCCCCCGCCCCUCAUGAUCCCACCCCAUUGCUUUCUGGUCCUAAUCUUGGCUCUCUAUGGGCUAAGCCACGCCCCAUCCAACCCAGCUGGUGAUGUCAUUGGAUGGACCAAGUCACGCCCCCAUGAAGGGUGAUGUCACCCAGUGAACCAAGUCACACCUCCACU